AUGUAUUUCAUUUCCUACACUGAAGGAAUUGCAUUCUCAGGGGCUAUACGACCAAGAUUUUUACAAAAUCCAAAUGCUUCAAAGCAUGUAUGGUGCACAAAUGCGAAUUACUUUUUUUUGUAUAACGAAUCUACUCCAUUUAAUAAAACAUUUCUUCAAAAUAAUGUUAUGUGGCACCAUGGAGAAUUUAUUGAUCGAGUUUGUUAUGGAUGCACUACUUUGGAUAAAGUUAACGUUGGAUUCAUGCUUUUCAAUGAUGCCUUUUUCUACUAUUGGCGUGGUUUAACAGGAGCUGCAAAUAUCCAUUAUGCAAUUCAAAUUUAUGGCGGUCCAUUCCAACCUCAUGAUCCCUUUAAGCCUAAGACAACUGUUGACUCAUGUCAUGUUGGAUUGAUCAUAUUCAAUCCAUACGAAAACUUUGGUCAUUUUAUUUUAGACUUCAUGUGCGGUUUGAUGUUCAUUCCUGAUGAAGUUUUUGAAGAAGGCAAAGUGUUAUCACCAAAAUUAAAUCAGCCGAUGGAUAUAGUUCUCCGCUGGAUAGGUAUUCUUGGUUAUGGAGACAAAAUAGAGUUUAAGGAGUUUGCUGAUACAGAACAAGUUCUUUGCGAUAAAUUAUAUAUUUGCACGCAUUAUAUUGAGGCUUUUGGAUAUGCAAAUAAAGGAUUGCCCAUGAUGAGACACAAAUUUUACGACAAGUUUAACCUCCACAACCAGAUUCCUACCAGAUUUGUCGUUAUAAAUAAAGAAUCACAUAAAAGACGAAUUCUGAAUAUGGAUGAACUAGUGAACAACUUAACACUGCAUACAAAACUUCCAGAUGGUGAAAAAUGGGUAGUUGAAAAGUACGACUUUACAAAUUUGACAAAUAAUGUAAUGAUUUAUAGCACCAUUAAAUGCUUGGUUUCCCCUUGUGGUUCGCACCUUUAUAAUGCAGUUGUUAUGCAUGAAUUCACAGGAAUGCUGAUUUUAUGUGGCAACUUGAUUGAUAACUGCAAUGCGCAGAUGACUGCGGCGCUUGGAAUUAUGAAUAUCCAAGUAGGCCAUCGAGUUAUUCCUCAUGAUGGCGAGGUGAAGAAUCCAUAUGAUGCAGAAAGAUGUGCAAAAUGCGCUCAAAGACUUAUUGAGGCUCUAGAGAAUAAGAAAUUUAACGAUAUGAAGGAUCUCGAGCAAAUUGAUAAUAUGAAAUAUUUUAAUUGA